AUGGACUUCUUUGCGACGGGUGAAUUCCAGCAGCUUUACAGCGAUUUGGACGAGGAGCCCCUGGCCGGUGGCGAUGCCCUGCUGAAUAAUGCCUCCAAUGUGGUGGACUUCGAGUGCCCCUAUGCCAUGGAUAACAGCUUUGCCGCCGACAGUGGUCACCUGGAUGGGGAGCAAUCGGAUUACUAUGGCAUCAUCACGCUGGACAGCAAUAAUAAUGGAAAUAUUCAGGUGGAACUGCCCUACACAGAGGAUCCUUCUCUGUUUAUAGACUUCAAUGAACUGACCGUGUGUCCGCCGGAUUUGAGUGACUGGGAGCAGCGGCUAUUGGAUAACUAUGUGGAGAUUCCGGAGCUGGUGGACUUUCUGCCGGAGCGGACACCACUGUGCACGGAUAACUGUGCGGAUUUUCUGGAGGAGAGUAAUAGCAAUCUCCGGCUGGCGGGGCCACCACCUGAGAUUGGUAGUAGUCCUGCGAGUCCUGCGGAAGCCACAGCCCCACCAGCACCUGCCCUCCAGAUGAGCGAGAAUGCCGCCGGCGAACGGGGCUACCUUUGCACCUUUGGGAGUUGCGAAAAGAUCUACGCCAAGCCCGCCCACCUGAAGGCCCACCUGCGAAGGCAUCUGGGCGAGAAGCCCUACGUCUGCAGUUGGCCAGAUUGCGUCUGGCGCUUCUCCCGAUCCGACGAAUUGGCCCGCCACAAACGCUCCCACUCGGGGGUGAAGCCCUACAAGUGUGACUACUGCUCCAAGUGCUUCGCCAGGUCGGAUCACCUCACCAAACACCGGAAGGUCCACGAGAGGCGACUCCAGGCCGCCUCCAGGGCCGGCAGACUCAUCUCCGACGACCUCUAUGCCGUGCGACCCGGUCGAAAGCGAAAAAACCAGCUAUAA